AAGUUACACUUCCCACGUGAACUGGUUCCCCCAACGCCUCUCAGGACCAUAAAAAGCCAGAAAGCACUCUGUUCAUGGACACUCACUUCCAGCUUCCUGCUUCUCAAGUAGCUUUAGGAGAUAGUAAAUAAAAUUUACCCAUCGGCUCGGCUUCUCUUGAACUUCGUUCAAUGGCUGUUUUUUGGUACACUUUGUUGUUUAGCUGCGUGGCAUUGGUAUAUGUGUUACCGGAGACUGUGGGAGCAGAUAAGUCCCAGAGAGAAAGAGAAGCUGACAAAGUUGUAUACUUGCCAGGGCAACCACUUGAGCAGUUUGGUUUCCAGCACUUUGCUGGUUACAUCAAACUCCGGCCAAACGAUGAGAAGGCACUUUUUUACUGGUUUUUUGAAGCGCAAAAUGAUGUUUCUCAUAGGCCUCUAGUUCUUUGGCUAAAUGGAGGACCAGGAUGCUCUUCUGUUGCUUAUGGUGCUAUGCAAGAACUUGGUCCCUUUCUUGUCCGGAACAACGGACAGCUUAUUUACAACAAAUACUCUUGGAAUAAGGUUGCAAAUAUUCUCUUUCUGGAAGCACCUGUGGGGGUGGGCUUUUCAUAUUCAAACAAGUCAGGGGACACAGAGAAGCUCGGUGACUCAAUUACAGCUGAAGAUUCUCAUGCAUUUCUGAUCGGAUGGUUCAAAAGAUUCCCCAACUUUAGGCUUCACGAUUUCUACAUUGCCGGAGAGAGCUAUGCUGGUCACUAUGUUCCUCAGCUUGCCAAUCUUAUUCAUGAAAAGAAUAAAGGAGCUAAGAAAGGAUAUUCAAUUAAUCUGAAGGGAAUACUGAUGGGAAAUGCAGUAAUCAAUGACCCAACUGAUCAACCAGGUUUAAUCGAUUAUGCUUGGACUCAUGCAAUUAUCUCCGACCAACUCCACCGGAACAUAUACAAAGAUUGUGAUUUCAAAAGCAAUAUUUCGACCAGUCAAUGUACUAUGCAUAUUAGAGGUUUUUUAGAAGCUUAUUCAGGCAUAGACAUUUACAACAUCUAUGCUCCCGUUUGCCUCAGUUCCUUGAACAAGGCUGCUCAAAAACUCAUCGUGGCACCUCGAUUUUUCACUCAACAAGAUCUUUGGCACAAAUUGCCAUCGGGCUACGAUCCGUGUACCGAAGAUUACGUGGAGGCGUAUCUCAACAGAGAAGAUGUUCAGAAGGCCCUGCAUGCAAAUCUCACCAAAUUGUCCUAUCCCUAUACCCCAUGCAGCAAUAUAAUUCGAAAGUGGAAUGACGCUCCGGACACUGUAUUACCCAUCAUUAGGAAGCUUUUAAAUACUGGAUUGCGUGUUUGGGUGUUCAGUGGCGAUACAGAUGGAAGAGUGCCAGUAACAUCAACAAGGUACAGCAUCAAUGAGAUGGGAUUGAAGGUAAAAGAAGAAUGGAGAGCCUGGUACCACAAGCAGCAAGUGGCAGGGUGGGUGGAGACCUAUGUGGAGGGUGGUCUCACUUUCCUGACUGUGAGAGGAGCGGGUCACCAAGUCCCGAUGUUCGCACCUGACCAAUCCCUUUCUCUCUUCUCCCAUUUUCUUUCGAGCACCCCUUUGCCAUCUUCACAUCACUAACUUAUGUAGCCUGUAGUCGGUUAGUUAUCAACCUCAUAGACAAGGAUAAUUUGUACGGAGAAUAAAGUACUAUGUUGUCUACUAUGUUUUCAGGCAUACUUCACCAGAAUCGUUUUCCCUUAUUUGAUUUUGAUUUGUCUUCUUACAAUUUUUUUACUAGCUGGUUUGAUGAAUGUUGAUACA